AUGGCCUCAUCCACCCCAGCCAAUCUCAGCGCCACACUAUUUACCCUGCCUGGUUUCCCAGGGCUGGAAAAGGCACAUCAGUGGAUUGGCAUCCCCAUCUUUUCUGUCUACCUGGCUGCCAUGCUGGGUAACUGCACCAUUCUGUACGUCAUCUGGGCAGAGCCCAGUCUGCACCAGCCCAUGUAUUUCUUCCUGGCCAUGCUGGCUACCACCGACCUGGGUCUCUGCCUCACCACGGUGCCCACUGUCAUGGGGGUCCUCUGGUUCCAGCUGAGGAAGAUCAGUAAAGGUGCCUGCAUCACUCAGCUUUUCAUCAUCCACUCCUUCUCCUUCAUGGAGUCCGCUGUGCUCUUUGCCAUGGCUCUGGACCGCUUCCUGGCCAUCUGCUAUCCCCUGAGGUACACGGUUCUCUUGACCACCAACAGAGUAGUCAGAAUUGGCCUGGUCCUCCUGAUGAGAAGCACCAUGCUCCUGGUGGCCCCCAUGAUGUUUCUUCAGCAGUUCCCCUAUUGUCCUGAUGCAACCCUUUCUCACUCCUACUGCCUUCACCAAGAUGUGAUCCAUCUGGCAUGCGCUAGCACAGUCUUCAACACUUUCUAUGGCCUCAUCGUCAUCGUUCUCACCUUGGGCUCUGAUCUCCUCUUCAUCCUCAUCUCCUACAGCCUAAUCCUGAAGACAGUCCUGGGCAUGACCUCUGGGAACGAAGGCUACCACAAGGCCCUGGGCACAUGCGUCUCCCACAUCUGUGCCGUCCUGGUCUUCUAUGUUCCAGUGCUCGGGCUGUCCGUUGUGCACCGGUUUGGCCAGCAUGCCUCUCCCCUGCUCCACGUCAUCAUGGGCAACUUCUACAUCCUCCUCCCACCCUUGAUGAACCCCAUCAUUUACUGCAUCCAAACAAAGCAGAUCUACAGCAGGAUACUGAGAAUAGCCUCACUCAAGAGAGUCUGA